AUGACCGUGACCGAGUUGGCCCAUUUCCACUCCAAGUCUGGCGACCUGACGCCCGCUCUACGCGAUCUCAUCCGCUGGGCAGUCGAUGCGCAAGACAAGUGGUGUGCGGAAAACUUGUCCAGUACAACGCAAUACAUGUCAGAUGGCAACGAAGCCAGAGGAGUUGGAUUUGACCAUGUCCAUAUAGACUUUCAGCAGAUCGAAGAUCCCGCAGUGGUCCUUUUGACUGCGCAUUGGGAGAGUGUUCCGCAACAUGUAGAGUGGAUGGGCUCAGAUAUUAACAAACAAGCAAUACCUCCUCUAAGUGAGCAAGUCGACAUGUCGAAGCUCCUCAUCUUUCACGUUGAUGAUGUGGACGCCAUCAGCCCCGAAAUAUUGCGGGCGCCUGUGGUUUCUGUGUCACGAUAUCUUGUCCCUAAGAAUCGAAAACAAACUGUUGGGCAAUCUAUGAAGGAGAUAUAUUCUCGUGACAAUGCACGUCCUAUCAGCAAAAGCGGAUGGCGGAUCGAAAAGGACGAAGCCAUGGAAAGGGAUGGAGUUGAAGAGCAUGUCAUAGUGUCCGGGGCAGAGAGCAUUCAAAAUCUGAAGGAGAUCGAGGCAACAUUAUUCAAGGCAGUAUUCAGCGGUUGUGGACAAGAAAUCAGGCAUUACAAAAGGAUCUUCUGA